AGUCACCUCUCCCCAGAAGACUGCGGCAAUGUGGGAAGAGGCAAAGGGCAAGGAACCAUUGGCUUCUCCUGUUCUCCAACAGUUCCUGAGGGCGUCAUUGAAUACUAUGGAGGAUGAGGCGUGGACCAAGGGCCUGAGCUGCAAGUUGAGCCAGUGGCUGAGCAGCUCUCCCAGCAACUCUGGAGAGAAGUCUUUCCUGUACAAGGCUCUGGGGACAGUGCUGGGAGCUUGCAAGGAAGUCCUCCACAUCCAAGAGAAGCUCCUGCAACACCUGGAGGAAGCAAACGCAGAGGAGCCAUCUGAGGCCCAGGGAAUGAUCUCUCUUCUCAGCCAUGCUGCUGAGAGCAACUUUCACCCAGUCCUGGACACACUCACCAUGUUUGCGUCCAGGCUGUGCAAAGGCCAGAAUGGGAGGAUUCCCAGACGCAAGAAGAUGGAGCUGGACAGCAGAAGAGCUCACGCCACACGCAGCGCUCUCAUCCUCGCCCACGGCAGCUUGGCACUGCGUGCCUCCAAGGAACAGCUGCUCGCCCGCCUGGAGGGAGACAUCGUGGGCAACAUCCUGCUGCUCUACAGCUGCAGCUGCCGGGACCUGCAGAACACACUUGCGCUGGUGCAGAGCAUCACCGACUUCAGCUCUGCCUUCCAAGCUGUGGGUGACUCGGCCUGCUUUAACCCCUCCUUGAAGGGCAAGCUGCUGGAGAUCCUGACGGACUUGCUGAAGAAGUAUUACUUAGGCACCCCUGUAUCCCCAGUGCCCCUCAAGGUGAUUCUGGCCCUGGAGCAGUUGAGCAAGCUGAAGCCGUCCUUAGGAAGCAAAGACAUGUGUGACAUGUUGAUUCUGUGCUGCAAGAAUAUUGUGACACACCCUUCAGCGGAGAUGAUGCUGAAGAUCAGGAAGUCACAGCAAGCAGCUCAGUACCUGCAGCUUCUGCAAACAUCACUGAAAGCUCUGGGCCGGCUCAUGGUGGUCCUGCUCGAGACAGAGACCACCCGUGGCUUCUUCCAGAACAUAGUCCAUAGAUCAAUGACAUCAGACAACAUGUGGGAGCGCAAGAGGGCCCUGCAGAUCUGCUCCCAGCUGCUGGCUGCUUGUGAAGAGCGUGGAAGAGGCGAUGCCUGCAAGCACUUUGGCUCCUUGGUGGGAUUGCUGGUGCCCCUGAUGUGUGACCCCAUGCCCACAUCCCGCCAGUUGGCCGUCACCUGUCUCAGCUCCCUUCUCCGCAUCCAAGCUCUCUUCUUGUCCCCACCCUGUCCUCUGUCUCUCCCCUGUGGAAAGCAGUUCCAUUUCCAGAAGCAUGACUUCCCUUUUCUCCCUGUGCUCUUUCCAGCCAAGGCGACCAACAGAGUCAUCCAGACAGGAGACAUCGGGAGCCUGUGUGAGGGGCUGAAUGACUGCAGCACCGUCUGUCAGCUCCAGACCUCUUCCAAAAUUGCGCGGAUUGUGUGCAGAAGCUUCUCCCUGGAACACACCGUAGAUUUCAUGAUGGCCAUCAAGGACACCUUCCGGAAGGCCAAAGGAAUGCGUGUGCGUGCUGCUGGCAAGUGGAUGAUCACCUUCCUGCAGAUGUAUGGAAAGGACAUCUGUCGGGAUCUUGAUCUUUCACCGAUCAUCUACAUCCUGCGCAGCUGCAUGUCGUCCCUGCAGCACAGCACGUUCAUGCCAUUCCUGUGCCAGGCGGUGGCCAUCCUCACCCGCUGUCACGCAAACAUCACAAUGGACAGCUUCUUCCACCAGCUGUGAGCCCUCAGACAGCGAGGCAUGGAGGAGAAUAAGAGAGUUUUCUCUUCAGUGGUGCAUCAGGGAGAAGAAAAAAGAGAAGAGAAGAGAAGAGAAGAGAAGAGAAGAGAAGAGAAGAGAAGAGAAGAGAAGAGAAGAGAAGAGAAGAGAAGAGAAGAGAAGAGAAGAGAAGAGAAGAGAA